AUGGCUUCAAUCGUCCUCUCCCCCAUCGUAACCCAAAUCGUCGAAAAGCUUUCUGACUUAGCUCUCCACCAUAUCUCACUCUUCUGCACACUCCAAACCGAGCUCCAAAACCUCAAAGUCACAGUCUCUGCCAUCCAUGCCGUCCUCCUCGACGCGGAAGAGCAACAAUUCCACAAUCGCCAGGUCAAAGACUGGCUCGAGAAGCUGUCCGAGGUGAUGUACGAUGUCGACGAUCUGCUCGACGAUUUCGCCACCGAGGCAGCGCUCAAGAAGCUGGCAGCAGCAGCAGCAGAAGAUGAUUAUGUCGAGAGAAGAAAGACGACUUGCUGGAGUACCACGGUAUGUUCUUCUUCGAAGCAAUUGAUGUAUGGUUAUCGGAUGGCUCGCGAAAUCAGGGCCAUUAGGGAGAAGCUGGAGCUUCUGUCUAAGGAUAAGGACAAUUUCCAUUUGGAAGUUCGCGUUGACGACGACCUAGCCAGUCUUCCGUUCAGGGAGACGGAUUCUUGUCCGCCGACGAUCGUUGUUGGGAGGAAAGAUGACCAUAGUAAAAUUGUUGAAUUGUUGCUUGAUUUUGAGAGUGGGGACAAUAUCUCCGUUGUUCCAAUUGUUGGGAUUGGUGGGUUGGGGAAGACUACUCUUGCUCAGCUUGCUUUUGACGACGAACGAAUGAUUGAGAGCUUUGAAAUCAAAGUCUGGGUGUAUGUUUCGCAGAAUUUCGAUAUCAAAGCGAUUCUGGCAAAGAUGUUGGAAUCGAUAAAUCGCAAGAGCCAGCCUGCGGAUCUUGCAUUGGAUGUUUUGAAAGUUCUGUUCCAGGACAAGAUUAGAGGGAAGAGGUUCUUGUUCGUGUUGGACGAUGUUUGGGAGGAGAAUGAAGGAAGUUGGGAGGCUUUGGGGAAGUAUCUGACUGUUGGUGCACCUGGUAGUAAAGUUCUGGUGACAACACGGUCUAGGCUAGUUGCAGAAGUCAGCAGCAAGAUUUUGAAGCCUGCAACGAGUACUAGUUUGGUGGCGUUGCCUUAUUUCUUGGAAGGCUUGGAGCUUGAUGAGGCUUGGAACUUAAUGGUGAAGAAGGCUGGAGUAGUCCCACAAAGCUCUAACGUAGAGAGCAUCGCGAGAGAGAUAUUAGGGAAAUGUUGCGGGGUUCCCCUUGCUGUGAACAUGGUAGCUGGUUUGUUAAGUUCCACAGAUCCUGAAACAGAGUGGCCCUUGUUUCUGCAGAAGGAACUUUGGACCAUAUCUGAAGGAGAAAAUCCUAUCAUGUCAGCUCUCAGGCUAAGUUUCAAUCAUCUUCCUGCACACGUAAAACGUUGUUUUGCUUACUGUAAGUUGUUCCCGAAGGGUCAUGUAUUCGAUGUUCAAAGGCUGGUCCAGUUUUGGAGAGCCCAAGGGUACAUUGAAUCAGCAGAUCGAGGCUUGGAAUUGAAUAUGGGUUUGCGGUAUUUCAAGACGUUAUGGUGGAGAUCAUUCUUUCAAGAGGUGGAGAUGGAUGCGCUGGGGAAUCUGCAGAUAUGCAGAAUGCAUGAUUUAAUGCACGAAUUAGCUGCCUCAGUUACAGGAACAAAGAUCUUCAAAAGGCCAAAAUCAGCCAUUCUAGAACAUGCUUCUUUGGGAACUCGUCACUUGGCAGUGGUUAGGCAUUAUGGCGAUGUAGUUGGAGAAGUUCAUAGUGGCUGUGACGGGACAGCAGAUGCAAGCAAGGUGCGAACAUUGAUAAGUGACGAUGUAUCUUUCGUACGAGAAGAAUUCGAACGAGUCCUCAACAACUUCAUACGCUUGCGAGUGUUGAUAUUGUAUGUACGAGGAUUGGAUUCAGGCUCCUCUUCCAAACUGCUGGACUCCGUUAGUGGUUUGAAGCAUUUGAGAUUUCUUCGUCUCAAUUUCGAUGGAAUGGCAAAGCUCCCGGACCCGAUCACCAACCUUGUGAAUCUGCAGGUGCUGGACCUCAGUUGGUGUCGCCUUCUAAAAGAACUACCGAGGGACAUAAAAAAGAUGGUUAAUUUGAUGCAUCUGUACCUCUAUCCCUUGGGGGUGAAAUUGACCCACAUGCCAAAAGGGAUUGGGGAAUUAACUUCCCUUCAAACUUUACCAGUUUUUGUGGUCAGCAAGAAGAAGAAGAAGAGCAGAGGAAAUGAUAACAAGAUGGAGGAAGAAGUUGGGGGAUUGGACGAGCUGAAAGCGUUGAAUGCAUUGCGUGGAGAGUUAACCAUUAAAAACUUGGUGAAGGCUGAAUCAGUUGGUUAUGGUGUUCAUGUCUUGAAGGAGAAACCAUUUCUUCAGUCCUUGGUUUUAGACUGGGAGUACAACAAUAGUGACGACGACAACGAUGGUGAUUAUGCUUCUACUAUUGAUGAAGAGAUACUUGAAGCUCUUUGCCCACAUCCAAAUCUGAAAAAACUGAUGAUACUCAAUUAUGGAGGCGCAAAGCUCGCCAACUGGCUGUCCACCAUCACCAAUCUUGUGGAGCUUUCACUGGAAGAUUGCAGGGAAUGCGAGUACCUCCCACCGUUGCAUCAACUCCCAUCUUUGAGGGAGCUCGUGAUCGACGCUUGCCCCAAUCUAAAAGGACUGUGGAUUGACAAUGGGAAUGGCGUGAUGGUGGAAGAAGAUUGGCCGUCUUUCCCUUGCCUUCGCCGGUUGGAGGUAGUGGAUUGUCCGAACCUGACUCGGAUGCCUCUGUUUCCAACUGUAGAAACUAGGUUGGAGCUGCGUAAAACCGGGUCGCAGUCACUUCUACGUACAAUGAACAUGAAAACAACAACAAUGGCAAGCUCUCCUCCUUUGUCCAAGUUGACAUCAUUGCAGCUUGUGGAGAUGGACGACCUCGAGACUCUCCCGGAAGAAGGGCUCAGCAACUUGACGUCUCUUCAAGUGUUGGAGAUCGUCAAAUGUUCGAGAUUAGCAUCCUUGAGUGCAGUGAGGAACCUUCAUUCUUUGCAAAAACUAGAUAUUCUGGAGUGUCCUCAAUUGAAUGACAGAUGCAGAAAGGGGAAAGGGGAAGAUUGGCCCAACAUUUCCCACGUACCAGAGAUAAUGCUGGACGGAAGAGCAUUUAAAUGGGGUUUGGAAUGA